UAAUAUACCACAACAAAAAACGGAGUCACCCCCAACAGCGCCCCACAGCAACGGACUCAAACUGGUGAAAUAGGGAUGACUUUUUUCCCACGUUAGCAGGUGUUGUCUUCCCACCCGCUGCCGCUCACACACACACACACACACACACACACAUGCACCGGGGGGGGGAAGGGAAGGAGCGAAGAGAUAUAUGGGUAUCCUAAGUACAGUUUCUCACUCACUCAUUCUUUCACUCACUUAUUCAUCCCCUCUCUCUCUCUCUCUCUCUCUCUCUCUCUCUCUCUCUCUCUCUCUCUCUCUCUCUCUCUCUCUCUCUCUUUCUCUCUCUCUCUCGGACACGUGCUCUAUGACUGACUGAGAGAGAGAGAGAGAGAGAGAGAGAGAAAGAGAAAUCCUAUAACCCAUCUUCUUUCAUCCCUCUAAUUUUCAGUCACAAAUUUACAACACAGCUGAAAUAUACCGAAUAGAAAACGGAAAUCGUAUAAAAGAGGGGAAACAUUGCUAUUUUGCCGCACCUUCUAGCAGUCAGGCAUCGGAGGCAUCAAUGUUUGAGAGCCAUGCUAAGAAAACUACUGAUUAAAAUAAGAAUCCGAAGACACCGUUGUUGUAAGAUGUCUCUGUGCGUAUGUGGGUGCGUGUGUGUGUGUGUGUGUGGAAGGGUGAGGAAGAGCUGUGAGGAGGGAGGAUUAUUGGCCCAGGAGUGUGAAUAUUAUAUACCUAAGUGAAGUAGCAUGACUCCACGUGGCAGUGUAGCCUGAGGGAGUGUCCUGUGUGGCGUGGUAAAGCGUAAUGUUCCCUGUUAGGCUGUGUCGCAUAACUGUACUUGUAAGCCAAAUUAAUCUUCCUUUUCUUUGUCUUCAGUCUUAACCUACAGGUGUCUCUCGGUUCACACGAUUUAUUGAGACUUGCAGGCAGCGUGUAAACAGAAAUCGUGUAAAAAAAAAAAAAAAAAAAAAAAAGUUAUAAAGACACACAUAUAGGCUAAGUAAUUGGACCUGUUGAAGUGCACUAUUUUGCUCUUAUAUCUAUUUACGUAUAUGAUAAGUGAAUUAUAUUAAUCCCUACAGUUUAUCCUCGUUUGUAAAUCCUGACUCUAAAUAAAAUAAACUAAAACAGUAGAAAAAAUGGAAGAACUCCCUUAAAUCUUACGUAUGUAUAGCACCAAUGAGCAGUUGGGCUGAGUCGUGUUAAAGUGAAACCUUCGUGUAAAUUAAAUUAAAUACAAUAUAUUUUAAGUCAUGUUAAACUAAAUUCAUAUUAAAAAUAUAUGAAUAAACUCGUAAACCAAGAGUCAUUAUUUUUGUAUGGCGUGGUUUUCUUGCAAACUUUCUCCACCUUUUCCAAUUUCGCGUUUUCUGUUCCCUCAAGUUAAUUUCCCAGCAUAUUAUUUGCAAUGUUAUCUUCCCAUCGAAACUUAGGUCUCUCUCGUCUUCCACCUCCCUCUCCUUCCACAUCCAUAACUCUUCCCCGCGCGUAAUCUUUUGCAUGCCUGGCCUAAACCACUGUCCCAGGCAUACAAGUGACUGAUAUGCAUUCCUGUGGCUGUAUAUAGAUAAUUGCAGUGUGGUAAGGUGCAGGUGAUUCCUUGAUAGCUUGGUAUGGUGUAGUAUGGCGUAAAAUGCAUGUGCAAAGAUUUUUUUAUUAUUCAUCUAUUUAUUUUUUUCUAUUUAUUUUGUUUAUGCACAAGGGAAGAGGCGAAGGAAAAAGGAAAUAAGAAAUAGAAAGAAAAAGUCAGUUUAAUUGUAUCCCCCUUAAAAAUACAGUAAAGAAAAAAGGAAAAAAUUCGAAUACAAGAUGAGAAGGAGAUCCCUUGAAACUCCUCUCGUAAACAAGGUCAGUCGUAGGAAGGAGGACAUACAGAUUACACAAAUGCUAAGUACAGUAGCAUAGUUUGGUGUGGUAGUGCGUAGAUAUCUAGAGCGGCAAGGACAGUGGUGCAUGGCAAGUGGGGAAGACAAUAGGCGAGGGGGAAGACUGAACAAGACAAGGUGAAGGAAUAAAAGACGAGUGAGGGGAAAGGAGACAAGGUGAAUUAAGUGUGGAUGUCACGAGGAUGGCGGGGUCACCGGCGAGGGUGGCGCUGGUGGUGGCGGUUCUUCUCGGCGUGACCCAGCCUACCCGGGGUGAAGAUGCAGAGUGCUGGGCAGCCGUGAAGGAGGAGCAGCAGCGCCCACAGCCCUCCAACAAGGACCUGGCUAGCAUGGGACUCUUUGUGGCCAAGUUUGUCAAGUUGAUUGGAGUCACGGAAGUCUAUCUGUGUAUCUAUGAGGGGACAGGACUUGACAACAACACCACAGAACACAUCAUCUCUGCCGCCCUGGCUCGCCACACUGUGUUCUUCAUGCCAUGUGACAUGGACAAGAUGGGGAAGGCUAUCACCGCCAUCACACAAGGCACCACAACUGACGCUGGCAUGCCUUCUGCUCUCCAGCAGCCCGCCGCCCUGCACCUCAUCUCCCGCGCCACACUGGAGCCCAUGCUGGAUGAGCUGCGGGAGGCCUCCAUGGGCUGGGGCACACUGAUCGGCCUACACAUCCUCCUUGGUGCUGAUCUUCCCGACUGUGAGGUGUUUAUGCCCAAGACUUCCUGCCAUUGGUACCAAGGCUCCUACAGCAUGGAGAGAAGGGAGGUGAUGAUGAAUCAGAUGUUCCUGUUUGGGGAUGGCCGGGAGGCUCUCAGGGUGCCAGUGGUCUCCUGGGACAGCACCAAACGUGACCUUAUCAUUCUGCACCAGCCUGGUCUCGGCCCUCGGGACUUCAAAGGACAUGUGCUCAAUGUUAUUACCAUCACUGACAGUCCUCAGGUGAUGGAGAUGCGUUUGUGUGACUCCAAGAACACCUCCAUCCCAUCCUCCUCCUCCUCCUUCAUGGACAGGCAUUCUUGUACACAAUUUGGUCUCAAAGUGGUGGGAGCAGGGGAAGAUGUGGUGUACUCUGGCUACCUGGUGGAGAUCAUCCUCACCAUUGCCGCCACUCUCAACUUCAAGAUCCAGCUCUCCACCUUGCCCCCUGGGAAAGAUGAGUUUGGGGUGGAGAUGGAUGAUGGUAACUACUCUGGCCUUAUUGGUGCCAUACAGAGCCAGAGAGCUGACAUCGCCCUAGCCAGCUUCGCCAUAACAAAUGAAAGACUAAGAGUGGUGGACUUCUCAGGAUCUGUAGGCUACACUGGCUCAAAUCUGUAUGCACAGAGGAACUCCUCACUGGAGGCCAUUGGCUGGGACACCUUUGUACUGUCUUUCCAUUGGGGAACAUGGCUUGCCAUCCUCAUGCUCCUUGGGAUCAUGAGUACUGGCCUGUGGAUCAUUGUACGCCACCAGACCAAUGAGGACGACCACUUCACUAAAGGCAGCAACAUCGUCUUCAUCCUCUUCUCCUGUCUUGUCCAGCAAGGUUCCUGGAUCCUACCAACAACGGGCCGGGUGCAAGCAGUGCUGUGGCUGUUCUGGGUGACCUCUGUGGUGCUCUAUGCAUCUUACACAGCCAUCCUCACCUCCUUCCUCACUGUGUCGACUGUGACUCCUCCCUUCACUUCCCUGGAGGAGGCUGUCGACGUGCCUGGCUGGAAGAUUGGGUUGCUGAGGGGAACAGCCGUACCCAAGAUAUUUCAACGAUCCAAGAAGCCGAGUUACCACAAAGUGUAUGAGAGGUUGCAGAGUGAUCCUAACCUGUACUGUGAGUCCCGAAAGGAAGGAAUGGACCGCAUGAUCAUGGACAGCAAAUUUGCCUUCUUAGCCGACAGGAGAGCCAUGUCCUACCUGAUACGUGACAACUGUUCAAUCAAAGAGGUGUGUAACUUGGGGUGUUGUCCCUGUGAUUGUUAUACAGGGAGUUCUCAGUUUAUGAUAGUCUCAACUUUCCCUGUUUUGUGGUGGUUACAACACUGGCAAUGCUUGCCUGCAUACAUUCUCCCCCCUCCUUUUUUUUUUACAGUGAUGCUCUAA